AUGAAACAUUCUUAAUUGGUUCACCUACUGUCCAAAUAACCUCAAUCUAUUGAUUAUUAAGGAGUUACUCAAAUGAGUACUCCAAGAGCCAAUUAACAAUCAUAAUAAACUUUGACAUUACCACAUAAAUUGACUACAUUAAGUACAGCCUACAGUAAAGAGUAAAGAUUAUUAACAGAAGGUAAUGAGGAUUUAGAUGUCUAAGUAAACUAAUUCAAUGUAAUAAGAAAAUAAAAGAUUUGCAAAAUAGAUUGAUAUCUAGAUGUACUACGUUAGAAUUCCUUAUUUAAGUUAUUACAACACAUAAAAAUGAAUUGAAUAGUCUACCUACCAUCUAAAAAAUUGAGUAACUCUUAAUCUCUAUUGUAAAUACUAUUUAAAAUACAACCAAAAGUGAAAUAUAAUUAGGUUUUUUAAAUAGAUAGCAAAAGAAAACUUCAAGUAUUCUAAUUUAAUAAUUUUUUAGUGUUCAAUAAGUAGGUAUUGAAGAAAGAAGCUGAAUUAUUUGAUAGGAAUAAAUCAUUGCAAUAAGAAGUGGAUAUCAAUUCAACCAGAAGUAAUAAAUUGAUAGAAGAAAAUUAAAAAUUAUAAAAGUAAUUGAAAUAAGAAAAAAAUUUAAACGAAAUUAAUAUUAAGAAAAUAGCUGCAUUAGAAAAGAGAAUUGAAUUUAUUGUAUCAAAUGAUAUCAACAUUUUUGAAAUGAGAUCAAAUUUAACUAUUCUAAUGAAAGAAAACGAAUAAUUGAAAAGAGAUUUGGAAAGAAAAAAUUAAGAGGUUGAGAGAAUUCAAGGGAAAUUAAAUUAAUAUCAAUUAGUAGUAAGUAGGUUAUAAAAAACAAUAGAUAAUUUAAGAAAAAAAAAUGAUGAUGAUGAAAUUAGAGGAUUUAUUAAAAAAGAUGAUAUUGAAUUAUUAAUGAAUUUUAAAAUACCAUAAAAUUUAGAUUUUAGAAUAGUUUGUUAGAAAUUAGAUCAUCAAAAUUUAUUAAAUGAUUUAUGCGAGAAAGGAGUUGCAAAUACCCUUUAAUAAAUUUCGUAAUAAUCUUAGGAAGUUUAAAAAUAAUAAAUCACUUAUUAUUACAAUUAAUUACUGUCUUUUAAGGAUUUUUCUGAGAGAUUGAAUUAACUUUUAUUGUAAAUGGAAGAGUUUAGUAAUUCUUAAACAAUAGAAGAUCUGAUUUUUUAUGUAAAUAGACAAUUACCUUAAGUAUUUAAAUGCGAGACAGUAAAAUUGUGGUUGCUAGAUACAAAAAAUGGAUUAUUGUAUUCUUAUUUAGAAACUCGAUAAUAAAUAAAGGCAUUAUAAGAUAAAGGAUUAGUAGCAGAUACAUUCAAAAUGUAUUAAGCAUAGAACAUAAGUUAGAAACCAAAGAAAGCAAUAAUAUAUAGAAUAAAUGAUUGUGAAUAACCAGAAUAUGGAAAGAGUGCAUUGAUAUUGCCAAUAUUUUGUAUAGGUUAGAAUAUAAUAAGAGGUAGUUUGAUAAUUUUGAAUUCUGAAUCAGAAUAAUUUUCGUUUGAUGAAGAAUACUUUGGAAUAAUAAUAAGUAGAUUUUUAGGAAUAAUAAUUUAAAGAUUAGUAGAUAAGGAAAGUUGGUUAAUAGCCUAAAAGUAUAGAAAUUUAAUGAAUAAUCAGUUGACAGAGAUUUUAAGAUCUAAUAAUAAAUAGAUUGCGAGUGAAAGGAUCAAAUUAAGUUUUAAGAGAAUAUUUGGAUUUCAGAUAAUAAGGUUUUAUUUUGUAAUGAAUGAACAAUUGAUAAGUUUUGAAAAUCAAAAGGAAUAGACAUUUUCAUUGGAUUAUGGAUUAGCAGGAAUGGCAGUAAGGAAUAAAAAAAGAUACAUUGUGAAUGAUAUAAAAAAAUCAGUUAAUUUUAAUCCAAAGGUUGAUUUGACAUCUCUUUUACCCAUUUUUAUUUAACCUUUAUUAAAUAAACAGGAUGUGGUGAUUGGAGUGGUGGAAGUAUGAUUUGUUAUUGAAAUUUAGACAUGCUUAAAGAACAAAUUAUCAAUUGACAUGGAAAGGGAACACUUAUUAGAAGUUAGUGAGAAUCUCUUUGGAAUUGAAGAACAUUUGACAAGUUAAUUAUAGAGUUAUGUAGAGUUAUUGGCAGGGGCUUUAUCUAAUAUAGAAUUUUGA